UCUUCUCUCUAUGAUUCAAAAAGGACAGAAGUAUCGCAACAAAGUUUACAAUGGGAAACCAUUUGCAUGCGUUAGAAUGGUCCAGUCAAAGUUCAGACUAAUUCAUUCGGAAGCUACGUUUGUGCUGUCUUGCAAAUAAAAAUAAAAAAAAGAAUGGCUAGAAACAUCAUUAGACCUGCAAAGCUUGUGAAGCUUGUAAUUCCACCGUCUGUGUUUCAACCAAGUCUUGACUCAGGAGGGCUGAACUGUACGCCACACAGCGUCUUGUUGGUCGAUCACAACAAAUCCCUAAAACUACAUUGGCGAUUGUGGUUGUAACCGGAGAAAAUGUGGAACAGUUGAAGGAGCAGAAGUAAUGGCGCCCUGCGGCCUCUCGUCUCUUUGAGCAUCAGCAGCCACACGCGGGGGCAGGAAUGAUCUACCUGGCUCACACAGCGCACCGCCAGUUCCUGGGUCUCGUGUUCGGCUUCCUGGCGUGGCUCUUCAUCGUGACGACGACCGGCAUCAACGAGUGGCGGCUCUGGUACGUGGACGACGUGUCCGUCAUCACGUCUGGCGUGGCCUGGGUGGGGAUCUGGAGGGCGUGCUUUUACAGCCACGUCCUCCCAGAGGCCGAGUACUGUCGCAGCAUCGGCGUCUCGGACAUCUUCGCCCCUGCCGAGAUCCCCUCUGCUCAGGUCCUGAUGAUGCUGGCGGUGGUCACCGGCCUGCUGGGGAACGUCAGCGCGGCGGUGGCCGUGAGGUUCGCCUACUUCUCAGUGGAAGACCGCAGGAACAUGAGGCUGAGCUUCGCGCUGGCCGGGGCUCUGUACUCGGUCACGGCGGUGUUGUCCUUGGUGCCUCUGGUGUGGAACAUGACCGCCGUUCUGAACAACCGCACCAUAGACUUUCCUCCGGAGUUCAACCUGCCUGCUGCUCCGGUCCGGCAGAGUGUGGGAGCAGCCAUCGGGAUGGGAAUGUUUGCUUCCAUCCUGAUGCUUGUAAGCGGAGUGAUUUUCUUCUGCUACAGGCAUUCAUCACAAACCGCGGACCCGCUCGACGGCCGCUGGACGGUACAAACACUGCCGAAGAGGUCCGAGCUGCCCAUCGGUGACGGUCAAGCGAUGGAUAACCCGGGGUUCCACAGCGAAGAAAGAUUGUGAUGGUUCUACAUAUUUUUUCCUGCAUUAACAAAAACGUAUAUUUUAAGAACAUUUCUGAACUACAAAGCAACCAAGCCCAUACGUGAAAGAUCGUAACAUUCCUCCGGAGUGGCAGGUACCAAUCUCAGAAGAAUAUCUGCAAAAACUCAACAAAGGCGACAGCAGGAAUCACCCUGAUGAACGCCAUAUCAUGUGCUACAAACUCUCUGUGACAGGAAUCCAAAUAAAUAUAACCAUCAAUAACUAGAUUAUUCAAUGUUUUUGUAGGAGACAAUAUUUAAAAUGUUAUCUUGGUCUCAGUUGACAUGGCUGUCUUGUUUCCAGUGAUCUUUCACAAAUGCCACCUGACCCUGAUUUGUCAAGCUAGUGACUCCUGAAGACCAGUAAGGGUCUGCUGGUGUCUGGGACCAGACUGGUUGGUAGAGGAGACUCUGAACCCUGGGAGAACACAGACGAGACCUCUGAACCCGAUUCAUCUCUAAAGUACAUCCUCCAUGCAACGUCUGGCAGAAAUAUUCUCAGAAUUUGAACCUUUAUAAUUUUUUUUUUUUUACUCCAAAACCACAAACUUCAGUGUAAUGUCUUGCUAUUGUAUCUGACAGCGUGAAUGCUGUUGUUCCAUUAAGUAUGCAAAGGUUGUUUUUUUUUAAGAGAACAAAUCCUGGAAAAUCUACCGUAAUAAAUUUGGCAGAAAGACUUGAGAUUGUUGUGGAUCCUCUAGCACUGAACAAAAAUCAGCCACAUUUACAAUGUAAUUAUUCAGAUCGAAGCAUUUUGAUGUCUUAAAAACAGCCAAAACACCUGCAACACAAUCAAAUAAUCAAUUUAAUUACAAGGUAUUUUUCAGA